UGUCGGGCCGGGUGGUGUCCCGCUCCGAGGCCGCCUCCUCCUGGAUUCCCGGCUCCAGCGAUGCUGUAUCGGGGUGUGGGUCCUCCGGCUCAUAGGCCUCGUGCCCCGGCUCGUCGUAACCCAGAGGCCUGAACCGAGAGUGAAGUCACUAGGCCGGCAGCGAUGGAGCCCGAGUGGAGCAUCUUGUUGGUUCUGCUGUUGGUCACCGUCCCGGUCUGUGCAGAAGAUGCUGCUCUCGACGGAGUGUGGUCAGAUUAUUGGAUCCUGCGUUUUUUGGUUAACCUUACUGGUUACGCAACUAUCAUCAUACCGGGAUAUCUCCUGGUGCAGUAUUUCAGGAAGAGUGACUAUCUGGAAACAGGCCGAGGGAUUUGCUUCCCUCUUGUUAAAACAUGUGUGUUUGGGAGUGAGCUGAAAGCUGGAGUACAGGAAGAACCUUCUGCAUCUUCCCGAGCAGAGACGCCAGAACCAUCCUUCACCAGACAGACUAUCAAGCUGCUGGCCUGUGUCGUUGGACUCCAGGCUUCCUACCUCACCUGGGGGGUCGUCCAGGAACGAGUGAUGACCAAGACCUACGGGAAGACAGAGACUGAUCCCGGAGUGAAAUUUCGUGACUCGCAGUUCCUGGUUUUUAUGAAUCGGAUCCUGGCUGUCCUGGUUGCUGGUUUGUGCUGUGCCCUCAGCAAGCAGCCCCGCCAUGGAGCUCCCAUGUACAAAUACUCCUUCGCUUCCAUCUCCAACAUUCUCAGCAGCUGGUGCCAGUACGAGGCCUUGAAGUACAUCAGCUUUCCCACCCAGGUGCUGGCGAAAGCGUCCAAGGUUAUUCCCGUCAUGCUGAUGGGUAAGAUUGUGUCCCGGAAGAGUUACGAAUACUGGGAGUAUCUGACGGCCAUCCUCAUUUCUGCUGGGGUCAGUAUGUUCCUGCUUUCAAACUCUCAGAACAAGCAUCCAUCCACUGUCACCACCUUCUCAGGCAUCCUAAUCCUCGCAGGUUAUAUCCUCUUCGAUAGCUUCACCUCCAAUUGGCAAGACGCUCUCUUCAGGUACAAGAUGUCCUCAAUCCAGAUGAUGUUCGGUGUAAAUCUCUUCUCCUGCCUCUUCACUGUUGGCUCUCUCCUGGAGCAGGGAGCCUUUUUCCAGAAUCUAACCUUCAUGAUACAGCACCCGGAGUUUGCAGCUCAUGCCGGGCUGCUGUCGAUCUGCUCUGCUUGUGGGCAGCUGUUCAUCUUUUACACCAUCAGCCAGUUUGGGGCUGCUGUCUUCACCAUCAUUAUGACUCUACGACAAGCCUUUGCCAUCUUGCUGUCCUGCCUCAUCUAUGGCCACUCGGUCACGGUGGUGGGUGCCCUGGGACUAGCCACGGUCUUUCUGUCCCUCUUCCUGCGGGUCUACGCUCGGAGCCGGAUGAAGAGUAAGAAAAGGGCAGGCCAAUCCCAGGCACCAGUGCAGAAGGUGUGAGGCAGAACCCCUCAGCUGGCAGCUUUUAUCCCGACAGCCGGUCGGUGUGCCAGGGAGUGCGUUUUCAUAAAUAAAAACAGGGUGAUGCGAGGUGAGGACGUUGCAACGGAGGUGCACCGUUGGAUUUCCAAACAUGGCCGUCCUGGCUCACCAUCGGGAAGAGUGACCGGGAUCCAAACUGUGUUCAUGUUCCACUCACCACCCUCCGCUGUCAGCCAGAUCCCUCCCCAGCCCUGCGGGAGACCACCCCAAGCCUUGACCAAGACUCUCCCCAGCCUUGAACGAGAC